AACAGGAGUUGCUUCUUCAUCUCCUCCGCCUUUGAUACGCUUCUUUCCCUUAGAACGGAGGGCGAAGACGGCGCCUUCAUCUUUCUCUCUCUCUGAGGAGCGCACACUGUUAGGGUUCGUUCUUGGUUCCAAGAAGAGAAAGAAGAAGAAGAAGGAGAAGGUGAGUGAUCGAUGGGGAGGGGGAGGGUGCAGCUGAAGCGGAUCGAGAACAAGAUCAAUCGGCAGGUGACGUUCUCGAAGCGGCGGUCGGGGCUGCUGAAGAAGGCGCACGAGAUCUCCGUCCUCUGCGACGCCGAGGUCGCCCUCGUCAUCUUCUCUCCCAAGGGGAAGCUCUACGAGUACUCCACCAACUCCAGCAUGGAAAAGCUUCUUCAACGUUACUAUGAAUCUUCAUAUGCAGAACGAGCUCUCGUAGAAGCAGAUCCUCGAUCGCAGGUAAGUUGGUGCCAUGAGUAUGGAAAGUUGAAGGCCAAGGUAGAGGCUCUACAAAAGAGACAAAGGCAGCUCAUGGGAGAAGAACUGGAAGCUUUGACUCUUAAAGAACUCCAGCAGCUGGAACGACAGCUUGAUACAUCUUUAAGGCUCAUGAGAUCAAGAAAGAAUCACUUGCUGUUUGAUUCAAUCGAGGAGCUUCAAAGAAAGGAAAAGUCAUUGGAAGAGCAACACAGCAUUCUGGAGAAGAAGAUCAUGGAGAAUGACAAUAAUCACAAGGCUUCUAAAGACUCUCUCCCCACCCUCAACACCAGAACUUACCCAGAGAGAGCUGCGGUUGGAGUGGAGCGACCUGUCCAGCCCGGUGCCGGUAAGAAGAGUGAUAGUUUACCUCCAUGGAUGCUUAGCCAUGUCGAAGGAAGAUGAGAACUUUCCACCAUUGGCAACCUGAGCAUUAGCUAACAUGGUUAAAGCUCCAUCAGCCAUGAGGGUGUCUUACAUCGCAUCGAUGAGUUGCUGCAGUGAUGAGAGAGGUGCCACUUGAUGCCUUGUCUUUUUCUUCAUCUUCUCCUGAACUAAAUCUAUGUAUCCUCCUCAUGCUCUUUGUUUAGUGUGGUUGUCAUGUUUGUGAGAUCAUCUGUUCCCCGUAUUUCUAUGUACAGCUAUACAAAAUCCCUUAGAACAGUAUAAUGAGACCCCAUUUAGCUUUCAAAGCCGAAGAUAGAAAUCUUAUA